GUCACCCACAGCCGCGCAACCCAGCACAUUGCAUUGCAUUGUCAAUUGUCAGACAAACGAGGCAAACGAAGGAACCAUCACCGUCAUCACUUCCCCUUCACCAGCAAAGUCACCACCUUGACCACCAGCAGAAUGGCCAUUAAGGCGCUCGCAAUCGCCACAAUGAAGAUCAAAUACGACCGCCGUCUGUGUCUCGUCAGCGAUGCCGCCCACCGCACACCGAGAGAAGAUGACGCGGCCGCCACGAUGCCGUAGACAACCGCGCGAUCGAAGGGUAUCCGCCCCAUAAGGGCGUACUGGGCUGUGGUGGAGGUGCUCGUGAAGAGCACGCAGGUGGCCGCCGACGCCACUGCUGACAAGGGCUCGACAUGCAUCAAGAGGAAGAAGGGAGAGAAAAUAAUCCCAGCGCUGAUCCACAUUUAGAAACAAACAAGACACAUGGAUGGCGAGGCAUGAAUCGGUGGCGGCCCGUCACUCGCUGAGUGGCUUACCCGAUGCCGACGAGCCCCGAGAAGAUGCCGGCAACGAAAGCCACUAGCCCGUAGAUGCAGCAGCGAGGGAGCGUCCAAUCCUCGCCUCCCUCUUUCAAUAUCUUCACCACAAAGUACCCGUGCAGCCACACAGACAGCAGAAAGGCCGCAAAGCACAUUCCCCCUCUAAUAUUCGCGGCGUGUCGGGAGUGGGGGUACUGACGCGAACUGUAGCCCAGCAGAAUGACAGCCACCAGCAAAAGGCUCAUAAGGAGGCAGUCCACAAUGACACGAGACGACUGCAGAGCAGAGUCGAGAGGUCGAUGGCCGAGCAGGGGCCAGCUCAGACUGUUCCCUUCCUCGAGCUCGUCUCGAUUGAAAUGCGGGACCGUGUAGCACCUGCUGUCCUCUGCCUCGUCCUUGCUGGGAAGGGGAGACAUCUUCUCUUGCCUGUGGGCGUUGAUAGCUGCUCGAAGAGUCUUGAAUGACACAAACGUGACAAUGGCUGCCAGAAUGCCGGUGAGCAGGUACGCGGGAGUGAGGUUGAGAAGCAGGACACCGAACAUGGUCCCGCCGAGUGCCAAAGGGACGGUCAUCUGAACCAAUUUCUGCAUGCAGAUCCGAAGCCAUCAAUACACUGCAGAGCGGGUGAAUCGUCCUCUCGCGCACCAUGUCGAUGAUCGAGCCCCCUUCCACAGGGUGUCUGGUGAGCAUGUUGUACGACAGUGCCGUCAGAGAUCCCAGGAAGAUCACUCCCUGAAAGAAAACAAGGCCACACGCCCAGCAGAUGGAGACGUCGGGCCGACCUCCUUCCUUCCUUAACCAUACACCUUGGAUAUCGGCACGGCGUCGUGCGGCGUCAUGCCCCCGACAAACAUGAGUAUCGUCACAUAAAAGGCACUGCAUACGACACAAGGCACGAGUGAGAUGGAGUGGCACUGCACGCGGCAUGUGUGUCUUUGUCUUUGUCUCACCCGCCACCCAUGCCGGCGGCCGACGCCAGCACUCCGCAGGCGAAGAGCGCAACGCAUGUUGAGUAGACGGUGGGGUCGGUGAUUGAUAAGGGCUCCAGCAGCAUGGCGUCCGUCAGCGUCAGCGCGGAGCUGCCGUCAAUGGACAUUCGCACUUUGCAACGAUGGCUUUGCUGAUCAGGUAUCGACCUGUAGGGAGGGAGAGGAACAACUGCUACGAUGAAAAGAAGAGAAAAGGGGACAAACAGAGCCUUUCCC